AAUACCGUCUCAUUAAUCACACCAAACCCCCUUCCCCCACAACAUUUUGCAUCGACAGUGCUCUCCUCCUUCUUCCCCCACAACAUUAUUCAUCGACAGUGCCCAUUUGAUUCUCUCUGUCUCUCUUUUUUUUUUUUUUUCCUCCAUAUAUAGAGAUAUGAGUAUUAUGGCAAAAUAUUCUCAACUCUGAACCAUCAACACAGUCCUAGAAGCGAUUCUGUUAAAAUCAACUUCAAAUCCAAGGCCAAUAGGUUGAGAUGGAAGAGAGGCUUCUGGGAUCCGAAGCAAAAUAUGAGAGCAAUUUAAAGGGGAGGAUCUGGACAGAAUCUAAAAAACUAUGGAGGAUUGCUCUUCCUGCAAUGUUGGCAAGAGUAAGUCAAUAUGGCAUGUUUGUGGUUACUCAAGGAUUUAUUGGACAUAUUGGGGAUGUUCAGCUUGCUGCUUAUGCUCUCAUCCAGAUCAUUGCUGUGAGAUUUGCAAAUGGGAUUUUGCUGGGCAUGUCAAGUGCAACUGAGACUCUAUGUGGGCAAGCAUUUGGAGCAAAACAAUACCACAUGAUGGGCAUAUAUUUGCAGCGAUCAUUGCUAAUAAACAUCGCCACCGGAACUGUACUGCUUCCCGUAUUCAUAUUCGCCGGCGACAUUUUCAAACUGCUUGGCGAAGACUCCGACAUUGCAGCUAAAGCCGGCUACAUCUCCCUAUGGUUCAUCCCCAUUCUCUACUUCUUCGUCUUCUGUUUGACCAUCCAAAAGUACCUUCAAGCCCAAUUGAAAAACAUUAUCGUUGGCUGGCUUUCUGCUGUCGCAUUUGUCAUGCAUGUCAUCUUGUCAUGGAUCUUUGUUAACUUAUUAAACUUGGGCAUCCCUGGUGCCAUGGGUGCUAUGAUAAUAGCUAGCUGGUUUAUAGUGAUCGGAGAGUUUGUUUAUCUCUUCGGCGGUUGGUGCCCCAACACUUGGAAUGGCUUCUGUUUGGCUGCUUUUGUUGAUUUGCUUCCUGUUUUGAAGCUCUCAGUUUCCUCAGGUGUAAUGCUUUGCUUAGAGCUAUGGUACAACGCCAUUCUGGUUCUACUGUCAGGAUAUAUGAAAAAUGCCACAACUGAGAUUUCAGCCUUUUCUAUUUGCUUGAACAUCAUAUCUUGGGAAUUUAUGCUGUGCUUUGGCUUUCUGGCUGCCUCUAGCGUGCGAAUUUCAAAUGAAUUGGGGAAAGGAGAUGCCAAAACCGCAAGUUUUUCUGUGAAAGUUGCAAUUAUCACAGCAACCAUUAUUGGAACUUUCUUCUUCAUAAUCUGUCUGCUGUUCAGCCAUGGCAUUACAAAGAUUUUCACGAGCAGUGAGGAAGUAAUUUCUUCUGUUUCAAGCCUGUCUGUUCUACUAGCUCUCUCAGUUUUUCUCAACGGCCUCCAGGCGGUACUCUCAGGGGUGGCUGUCGGUGCAGGCCGGCAGACGUUGGUUGCAUAUGUUAACUUAUGUUGCUAUUACAUAAUUGGCAUCCCUGUUGGUGUUCUUCUCGCAUAUGUGGCUGAUAUGAAAGUUAAGGGCAUAUGGAUUGGGAUGAUGGUUGGAGUGGCAACACAAGUACUCACACUGGGCUUUAUAACCUAUAAGACCGAUUGGGAUCAACAGGUGGAUGAAGCAACAGCACGGCUAGAUAGGUGGCUCUUGAAGCCUUCAGAUGAAUCUACUGGUAAUUAAUUCUGCAGUUUUAUAAGUGUGAUGUCAUUCAUAUGCCAGAGGCCUUAAGUAUGGUAUUAUAUAUUAUUUUAUUUUUAAUUUUAAAAUCAUUUAAUUAUUUAAAAACAUGCAUCAUACAUGUAUUUAUAUGUGCAUUUAAAUUGGAUUAGCGUGAUUUUAUUUAU